AUGGGGUCGAUUCCUGAUCCAGGCGAGGUCACCGCCGACCUAACUCCUCCGCCGCCGAGCUUUGACGACUUCCAGCGGCAGACUUCUUUCAUGACCAGCUGCACUCUCCUCUGGAAGGAGCUCUCCGACCAUUUCACUACUCUCGAGCAAAACCUCCAGAAGACGUCCGAUGCCCUGAAGCGCAAAAUCCAGGCCCUUGACACCGAGACCAAGGACUCCCUGGCUUCUCUCAAGAAGCGGGAAGUCACAAUCGACGGCAGCGUCGAGAUCGCCCUCGAGCGACUCGACGACCGCUGCGAGGCUGCUCUCAGGUCAAUUGACUCCGAUCUCGGCGAGGUCGACGACGGCGACGGGCUUCUCCUUGCUUUGAAGACGUUCUGCUUGAAGAUGAGCUCCAGGGAGUUCUUGAGGUUCGUGAUCACCAAGAAGAAGGAGCUAGACGCGUUGAGGAGCCAGAUUCCGUUGGCGCUGGGUGAGUGCGUGGAUCCUCCUAGGUUUGUGCUGGAGGCUAUUUCGGAGGUUUUCCCCGUGGAUAGAAGAGGGGAGAGGAGCGAGAAAGGGAAUGAUUUGGGAUGGGCUUGUGUUGUGAUUCUCGAGAGCUUGAUUCUGGUGGUCAUGGACCCUGUGAUUGGGAAGUCGAGGCUGAUGGUUACGCCGACGGUGAAGAAGAGGGCUAGCGAGAUUGCGGAGACGUGGAAGAGGAGCUUGGAGGAACGCGGCGGGAUUGAGAAUGUUAAGACGCCCGAUGUUCAUACUUUCUUGCAGCAUUUGGUCACUUUUGGGAUUGUGAGGAAGGAGGACUUUGAUUUGUACAGGAAGCUUGUGGUUGGGUCCGCUUGGCGCAAGCAGAUGCCAAAGCUUGCUGUCUCUCUUGGCUUGGGUGGUGAAAUGCCUGAUAUGAUCAAAGAACUUAUUGGUAGGGGUCAGCAACUCGAUGCAGUGCAUUUUACUUACGAGGUCGGCCUGGUUGACAAGUUCCCCCCUGCACCCUUGUUGAAGGCCUUUUUAAGGGAUGCAAAGAAGGCUGCAGCUUCUAUAAUGGAGGAUCCUGAUAAUCCUGGAAGGGCUACGCAACUUGCUAUGAGGAACGAACAGUCAGCACUCCGUGCUGUCAUCAAGUGCAUCGAGGAAUACAAUCUAGAAGCCGAGUUCCCACCAGAGAACCUCAAGAAACGCCUGGAACAGCUGGAGAAGGUGAAGACAGAGAAGAAGAAGCCAGUUCCAGCUGCCAUCCCUGCCAACAAGAGAACUCGUGCUAGCACCGCCGGUCCAAUGCCACCAGCCAAGGCCGGGCGUCUGACCAAUGCCUACGUAUCAUCUUUCCCCUCGCAGCCGCCAACAUUUGUUAGGUCGCCUUCUCACUACCCGCAGUACCCAGCUGCUGGCAUCCCAGCAUACGCAUCUCCGCCGCCACCACCAACCGUCUAUGGCACUCUGAGCCCACAACCCCCGUACGCUGCGUAUUCCCCUGAAGCAGUCCACCACCUGAUUCCCGGAUCAUAUACAUUGAAUUACGCGCCACCACAGGCAGCAUAUGGAGGAUACCCGAGUCGGUUCGCUCCAGCUUAUCAUCAGCAGGCUUACUACUGA